AUGUUCGCCGUGAUUACGGAGGAGGACGGGAACGAGCAGUGGUGCGAGGGCGGGGCGCGUAAGAAGAAGGAGGAGCUAGCUAGCAGGGCCAACCAGCGGACGGGCGCGCUCGUGUGGGGCGGCCUCGCGCUCAUGGGCGUGCAGUUCGGCAUGUUGGCGCGCCUUACCUGGUGGGAGUACUCGUGGGACAUCAUGGAACCGGUCACCUACUUCGUCACCUACGGCACGUCGAUGGCCAUGUACGCCUACUUUGUGCUCACGAGAAAGGAGUACGUCUUUCCGGACGUGAAGGACAGACUGUGGCUGCGAGGUUUCUACUCCGGCGCGCGCCGAACGCUCGACACCGAUCGCUACAACUGGCCUUCGCAACGAGAUCGCCGCGCGCGACCUCUGACUCGAGCGUCUGCGCGACCCGCUGCAGCUGGAGCUCCCUGUACAGCAGCUGACAAGAGAGCAGGUCGAGCUGAAACAAAAGAGCAGUGACGAUGCGCAGUAGUGCGGGGGAGAGGGGGAAGGCGAAACCGGGAGGAGGGAAGGGGAAGAUGAUCGGGGGAGCCUGAUGAAAGGAUAGCCGUGAAUAGCGAAGAGAAACUCUCACGAUACACACGCUCGCGCGUGCGUACGUACGCGUGCAUGCGUGCAUACACGCGUACACACACAUUUGUAUAUACAGUCGACCCUGUACGUGAGAGACACUGGAACGAAACACGAAAAAAUCAUCCUCUGUGAGAAAGUGUUCUUUUUAUAGGAAUGGUUGCCGUUCCUAUACAGGUGUCUGCUGAUGCGAGGUUGGCUGCGUAUAUUAUUAUAUUAUAUAUAUAUGUAUAUAUAUAUAUAUAUAUAUAUAUAUAUGUAUGUAUAUAUAUAUAUAUAUAUAUAUAUAUAUGUGUGUAUAUGUGUGUACAUGUGUAAUAAGUAAAUGCAUAAAUGCACGUCCGUGUGUCCCCUCAACGGACACACACAUAGCAGGAUCAUUUGUGCGUGAUAGAACAUGGUCACUGCUCGACUCUCUCUCUCUCCUAUGGCUCAGAGCGACGCAGGGCAGGACAGACAGACAGACGAACGCGCGCGUGCACACAGGUCACGUGAGUUGUCUCGUGCGGCCGGUCGAUUUGUAAUAAAUGUGAUGUUGACGAAUUGCGAUCAUAAUGCUGUUUUUUCUUAGACCUAAUAAUAAAUUAAUAAUAAUAAUGUUUAA